GCCUCGGUGGAAGUGCUUGGGAGCUGCUGUUUAAUAAAACAGAACACCCUACACACACACGGCUCGCGGCCUUGCCUUGCUCUCAUAUGUUGCCCUCUUUCCCAAUCUGAUUCAUUUCUCAUCCCAUCCCAUCCCACUUCAUCCCAUCUCAUCUCGACCAUUCCCAGCUUCCAGGUUCAACCUCCCUCUCGGCUGCGAGACAUACACAGGCUCCAGUGUCUCUCUCACGCAGCGUGCUAUGUGCCCCGAGUCUUGCCAUAUUAAUACCCGUUCACCCACUCCAGCCAGCAUCCGCUGUCUCUCGAGGGCCACACCUUGUGUUCAAUAACAUUUGCCUCUUCACAAGGCCUUCUGUCGGUUGCCCUGCUGUGCGGAUCUGCACGAGACUUCCCGGGAAUUCGGAAUUGGCCUUACCAGCAACUACAUCGAGACUCAUUACUUUAACCGGCGGUGGAAACUUUGAACGGAUCAACACCACUACAACUACCAUCAUCAUCAGAUAUCAUGACUGCACCAAUCAACACGCCGUCGACAGGAGCAGCGAAGGAUGCUGCCUCGGCCAGGAAGCGCAGAAGAAGAGCCCCAGCCGGCGGGGCCGCAGACGACUGCUUUACUUGCGCCAAGCGGAAUGUGAAGUGUGAUCGGAGGAGACCGUAUUGCUCGCAGUGCUUGGAGAUUGGUAACGAGUGCUCUGGCUACAAGACGCAGCUCACAUGGGGUGUUGGCGUGGCCAGUCGGGGCAAGCUUCGCGGGUUGUCGCUUCCCAUUGCAAAGGCACCACCAGUCAACCAAGCCAAGACGAGCCUUUCCAGCAUCAAGUCACCAACGACCACGACACGCUCUCGGACGACCUCCGUCACUUCGAACGGUCAGUGGCCAACCGAGCAGGAUGAGCGGGCAGUUCGCGGCGACCUGGAAAUGGGCCACGGGCGGAGCCCCUCUAUCACGAUACCUCCUUUUCACCACCACCCUUACGACAUGUCGCACAUGUCUCCUACCGAAUCCGCGCCGCCGGGAUGGACUCAUAUUCCCUUCUCGUCCAGCAUGCCCCCAGUAGAUGGUCCGAGGUUUCCUCCACCACGCAGUCUUCACAUUCCCGUGUCGACUCCUGGUGACAUGAUGAUGCACCGGGAAAUGAUCCACACUCCCCUGGACACCAUGAGCGAGGUUGACUACAUGUCUCCCAUUGCUCACUCGUUUCCGAGAGACGACGUGCCACAAUACAUCCACAGCCCUAUUGUCUACGACGGAUUCCACAAUCACGGGUCGCCGGUUCCACAGAGCCCAACAGGUGGCAUCAUGAUUGAGCAGCCCCGGGCACCAACCUCUUGCCCCAGCCUCGUAUAUGGUCCAUCAGAACCCGCUUCGAGUCUUCAAUCUCACAUGUCUCAUGUAGAGUCCUUGGAAGCCCAGCUCAGUCGCAAGCUCCCACAUGAAUGCGACGUCAUGGCUCCUGGCACACCUGACUUGGACACGUACGGAAGCAGUGUCCAGUCUCACCACGGCUCUUUCUGGGCCCCCUCGAACGCGGAUGAGGAUUCGCUCUCCUGCAGCGUCAAUGAAAGGACCCAAGCCCCCUGGGCGAACUCAUAUCCUUCACAGUCACCAUCACCCGUCUUGCAGAUGAGCCCAGAUCUCGCCACCAAGAUGCCAUUCUUCAUCGACUACUACGAGAAGUCCAUGUGCCCUAGCAUGGUGUUUAUCGAUGGCCCCAACAACCCCUUCCGAGAGCAUAUUCUUGGCCUUGCCAACAGCAGCCGGAGCUUGCAGCACGCCAUCUGCGCGCUGGCCGCCUGCAACCUCAGGAUGAAGCGCAAACUCAGUCUCGGUCAACACAGUUUCGACAUGAGAGAGAAGAGUCCCGUGGAGAGCCCCUCGGAUGGGCAAGAUCAGUCAUUGACUGAAGAAUACCAACACAGAAACUUGGCAGUACGGUUACUUGACGAGCAGCUCAACGACGCGGAAAAGUCAACACAGGACUCCGUUUUGGCCACCAUCUUGUUGCUCUGCCACUACAGAAUGGCCGAGUCAGGGGUUGCCAAGUUUCACACACAGUUUGCCGGAGUCAAGAAGAUUCUAGGCAUGCGCCGGAUGUCUCCUUACCCACCAUCAAGAGACUCGGCCUGGAUGGAGGCGCUCUUCACAUACUUUGAUGCCAUCUCCGCCAGUGUUAACGACAGAGAAGCCCAGCUCAACACGAGCUUUUACGGUGUUCUCCCUGAUGCACAGCUCCUCCCACCCGGAGCUGAGAACCUCGUCGGCUGCGACCGCGAGCUCUUCAGGACUAUUAUUAAACUUGGCCGACUUAACCUGCUUUCUCAGCAGCGACCAGUCCAGAACCUCCUCGCCUCCUCGCCACUCCCCCGGGCAAAUGAUACCUCGCGUUCCGUCUCCCCGCUCGGUGCGCCAUUCAAGUCAUCUCCCCUCAGCGGCCCCGACCACCACCACAGCCUCUUUGGCGGCCUUCCCCACCCCAUCAACAGCAGCGUCCGCUUCGACGGCAACGGGUUUGGCUCCACCCUCGACGACAAUGAGCAUCUCGGCGCCAACUCGAUGCAAUCACCCUCCUCCGCCUACGAUGACCACCGCAGCGCCUUCUGGCGCGAGUGGAAAGAGGCCCGCAUCGCCCUCCAAACCUGGGAAUUCGACUCCAACCGCGUCCGGGCCUCGCUCACCGGCCCGCCGCUCCCGCUUCCAUCCCUCUCUUCCUCUCCCACAUCCCCAGGAGUAGGAAUGGGAGUUGGCGCUGGUGUCAAUGGCACCACCCCACCCCCGACCGCGACUCAGAUCCGGGAUCUCAACUCCCUCUCCGAAGCCUUCCGGUAUGCCGCGCUCUUGUACACCGAGCGUCUUGCCAGCCCUCACUCCCCCUCCACCCACAACAACUUCCGCAACUUGGUCUCUCAGGUGGUCUACUACGCCACCAGCCUCGAAGCGGGUUCCUCCGCGGAGAAGUUUCUGCUCUGGCCGCUUUUUGUUGCGGGAAGCGAGUGCGUCAAUGAGCUGCAGCAGAAUAUUGUCCGGUCCAAGUGCAGGGAGAUUAUGAACCGGAGCGGGUACAUGAACAACCUUGCCGCGUUGGAAGUGCUUGAGCGGCUCUGGGCUGGGGAGGGGGUGCAAGUCAAAGAUGAGUACAACAGGAUGAGGCCGGGCACGGCGGGGCAGCAGCAGAGGGGCGGGCCGUUUAAUUGGAUCAAGUGUAUUGGGGGGAAUCAGGAGGUGGAGUGGAUUAUGUUUUGAUGUUGAUAUGGAUUGGGACGGAUAUGAUAUGAAAAGGGGGGUUACCUACCUAGUUGCCCUGGAUUUAUGGCAACAGUGAGUGAGGUACAUCAGUGAUGGCGACCUGCACAUUACACACACACACACAACACACAUACCGACAUCUCUUUGUUUAUUAUAUCAUUUCUUGUUGUUUACUUUUUAUUUAUACCUACCUAUUUAGCUACCGUGGUUAUACCUUUACCUGUCAGGGUUUUGGGAACAAGAGCAGGUUCUUGAUGGCGGGGGGGAAGAGGAGAAAGCUAUGGGUACAUGUUUUAUCAGAUACAAUUGUUGAAACUUUUGCAAAAACAUUGCAAAACAUUCACAACACUCUUCCAACUAUAAGCACAUGCAAAACACUGGUGACAAAUGUUCAACUACC